GCGUGCACCGUGCAUCCAGUUGUAUACCUAAAUGCGUACGGCACUGUUUUAAUAGUACACACGCGUAGUCACGGCCCAAUGAAUUGAUCCCGCGAGGUGCAUCCCCCGGAUAAAAAAGAUGUCGCGCUAUCUUUGAGGGCACUCCCGCUUUCGGAGGGCUAGCGCGCGCAUUUUCGAUCGUCCAUCGUUAACCAGCACAUAUCUUUCUCUCAAAGCAGACGCGCGUGUUUAAAACAAGUUCUAAUUUAAAAAAAAGGAAAGGAAUGAAGGGAAUUUCUAAAUCGUAGUUAUAAAUCAUUUAAAAUUUGCCACUAAAUUAAAUCAGAGCCAAAUAUAGCACGACCGAUCGAACCAACUAAGACCGAUGAAAAAAUACAAUUUAAUUAUCGGUAAAAUUAUAAAGAUACUGUAAUAUACAUACACGUAAUACGUAACGAAAUGAUUGUUAUUUGAGAUUGUUUAUAAUAACAAGUAUCGUUCAAGUGUCACUUUCGUCGCGUCUUCGAUGCGCUAUAAUCGAAAACGGGGGCUUCCGGUUAUGUUCGUUGAAGUUCCGUCGGGUGAAAAUGUGCGCGAGAAAAAGUGAAAGAUAAUUUUCGUCAAGACGUUGCCAAGAUUUUUGUCGAGCUCACCCAACACGAAGAACUUUCAGUGAAGAGGAUUGUGAAAGAUCUCUUCCUUUUGUAAUUUCUUUUUUUUUUUUUUUUCAAUUUUAUAGAAAAUUUCCUACUAAACGUUCAUAGGACGGGACAAUUAACAAUGGACAGUGUAAUGUAACGAUGUAGCCGGUAGAAUUGCUUGAUUCGUAAAGAGAUUAAUAAUAAUAUUCGAUGGAAUUCUGUGAACGAUUGAAGUGUAUCAAGUACCGACGGCUUGAUCAAAGUGCUCGCUCUUUGAAACGUCCCUGCUGCCAAAAUCACUUUCGCACCGAGGGUGACUAAUUGACUGUUUCCCCGGUGAAACACCGGUGAGAGUAUGGGUUUAUUUGAAGACAACAAUUCCAGUUCAGACACUCUAGACCUGAGCUCGCACAAUCACUACCCUUUGAACGGCAAUUCUAUCACUAAUACGUCCGGCCCGCAGGAAGUCGUAAUGAAGGAGAAAAGUAAGAAGGCAGCGCGUGUCCGCCGCGACAGGGAGAAUCAAGAGUUUUUGGAGCUUGCGAAGCUGUUACCCGUACCAUCCGCUCUCACGGGUCAAAUGGAUAAAGCUAGCGUCAUUCGGUUGACGACCAGUUACUUGAAGAUGCGAGCGUUGUUCCCAAACGGGCUCGGCGAAGAAUGGGGCGCGUCUCAACCUGGCAACAUCUCCCUGCAAAUCGCCCUCAAGGAGGUGACUAGUUAUAUUUUGCAAGCCUUGGACGGUUUCGUGUUUGUCCUGGCGCCUGAUGGCAAAAUUAUGUACAUAAGUGAAACUGCCAGCGUGCAUUUGGGAAUGGCACAGGUGGAAUUAACAGGGAAUAGUAUCUUCGAGUACAUCUAUCAGAACGAUCACGCGGAAAUGUUGUCGGUCCUAAACUUACCGCAGACCCCGGCUGAUCUCGCUGGAUUCACUUUUCCGCCUGCAAACUCGAGAGGCGAGAUCGAACUGGAGCGUGUCUUUAUUCUGAGGAUGAAGUGCAAUUUGGCGAAGAGAUGCGCGGGACUGGUGACGGAAGGAUACAAGGUAAUACACUGUUCCGGCUAUCUAAGGUGUAUCAUCGAAGGUCCAGUUGGCUCGGAAUACGAAGACGGUGCAGGUCGACACUGCAUUCGGAAAGUCGGUCUACUGGCAGUGGGCCAUUCUCUGCCGGGACGUUGCCUCACGGAAGUCAAACUCUAUCAGAACAUGUUCAUGUUCCGUGCGUCGUUGGACUUGAAGUUAAUCUUCGUCGACGCGAAUGUGUCACAACUGACCGGAUACGAUCCACCGGAUCUGAUCGAAAAGACGCUAUAUCACUACGUGCAUGGCUGUGACAUGAUGCAGCUGAGGCAUGCUCACGGAACUUUACUUUACAAGGGGCAAGUGAUAACCAAGUACUAUAGAUUUCUGACGAAAUCGGGAGGCUGGGUCUGGAUGCAAUCGUACGUCACAAUUGUGCACAACUCCCGAAGCUCCCGACCGCAUUGUAUCGUAUCGGUUAAUUACGUGUUGACGAAACCAGAGAACACGGACCUGCUGCUGAAUUGCGAGCAAAAGUCCUACUGUUCGAACCCAAGCAACCCGCCCAGUACCCCGCUGUCGACACCGACCACCAGCGGCAGCGUCAACGAAUUGGACAAUCACAGUCCCAGUUCACCGGCGUAUCGGACCAGAUCGAAGGACUCGCCUGAUAACGAUUACGCGAACGGUGCCACUUAUUCCAGACCAGAGUACGUUGACCUGACGAAUCACAAUCAUUAUCUGUCACCAUCUUACCAGCCGCAGAACAUAAACGGAAGUGCCCACGAGGAAAAUUUAAAAUACAACUCCGACUGGUUUUACCAAUAUGGAGACAUGCACCAAGACCCGUUAGCUUCCGUGCCGCAACAACAAGAAUCACAGCAUCCUCCUCAUCCCAUGCACCACGCUAACUCCCCAUCGAAUCUACAGCAGCACAGCCCCCAAAACGCUCAGCAGAAGCAUCAGCAUUCCCCUCAUCUACUAGAUCACUCGACACCUCCGACAAGCUUGCCACAGCCACAACCACAGCCACAGCCUCAACAACAGCAACCACCGCCGCCGCCGCAGCAGCAGCAGCAGCAACAGCAGCAACAUAGCCCUCAAAGUAACCAACAGAACAGACCUUACUCCACCUCGUCGAGUUCCUGUUGCAGCACUGAUGCCAUGGAUACUCAUUUGCCGAGUGCUCUGAGCGUGUAUUCCGUACCCCACAGUUACCCGUACUAUCAUCACUAUAUGCCUGACUCGGCGCCAUCCAACUUGAACGAAGUCGGCGGCGUGAUAAUGUAUCCCAGUUGCGGCCUGAACACCGAAACUCACAAUGCCACAGCAAGUACCAGUGCCAGUGCCAGUGCUUCCAACAACGUUCAACAUUACGAAUCGUCAUACCAGCCCAAUUUGAGCCACUACAACACCAACAACAAUCCUGCGAAGCAUUCUUAUCAUCAUCAAGAACCAACGCCAGCCAGUUACACCAGCGUGAUCGUGGACUCGCAGCAAUACAGCCCGAGCUCCGUGCAAGACUUGAUUCACUACCAGCAUCAUUACGAAGCGCAUCAUCAGUUCGUUCACUGACACCAACUAGACGCGCCUUGCGCAUAGCACGUUGAUAACAAUUGUAACAACGAGUCGUGCUAUUGUGAUACGCCCUCCAACCGAACGAACAACGAUUUCCUGCAAGAAUGCUCGAACAUUGACAAUUCAAGAGUAAUGUUGAACGAUGAACGCGAACAGGUCGUGCAAGUGAGAGCUAAGAUCUGGUGCGUUCGACCGUCGGAAAUUUGGAAGAUCAUUUCGGGCAGAGGUUACAACGAGAAAUCGUGAACUCGUGGAGUAUAGUCAGAACAUUGCGAUCGGCGAACCGUGAAUGGAUAUAGGAACAUUGAAAAUGCCGGAAAUGCCAAGUACUGCCGAAUUUCCGUAAACUUACUUUAAGGAAACUAAAUGUACAGUCGAUAUACGUAAGAAAACGUUAAUUAUUUAAGAACAUACAAUUGAAAAGGUUUUGUCGUAUUGUAGAAUAUCUACUGGCAACGAGUGGCAAUCUAUUCCAAAAUUGGUUGAUCGUUGGAUCAGUUGUACUUUAUUCACAUAUCACUUAACUUUAUUGCUCGAGGAAUGUAGAUCUAAUUACGUAUGUAGAUGUAAUUAAUUGUUUCGAGAUCGAUAUAAGUUGAACCUCGGAUAUGUUAGGGUGUAAUAACGGCAAAUGCAAUUUCAGUUUUGUGUAAGAAUGCCUCUUAACAUGUCCUUAAACAUUUACUGAAAUCCAUUUAACUGUUUCAUUGAUAUUCGUUAACGUUAGGUUCACGCUAUCACGUGAAGCAAUCGUUCCGAUCGUGUAUUUCAUCAGAAUUUUUAUUCGGAUGCUGUCAAACUUGUUAAUUUAACGAAUUUUUUCAUAGAAGGAACAGUCGGAAUCGAGAAAAUUUCAAAUUCGAGUUAAUACUAACGGGGGAAAAAGCUGAUUUCGAAACACCAUUUAAAAAUAUAAAAAGAACAAGCGAAAGAAAGACGAUUUCUGCAAAUUACACGCUGGACGUGUGUAGCCAAAAAUUCUUCUCAAACGUAAGAUGUUUUAACACGAUCCUCUCUAUGGGCGAAUGAUUUUAUACGAUUUAAUUACACAAACUGUUCUGUAAAAGUACUAACACUAGCAUUUAUUCGCCAAUAGGAAGAUACUAGCGCGUAACUGUACAUAAAAUGAAAAGUGAAUCGAAGGAGAUCUGAGUGCAUAGCGGGAGAUACUUAAUGUAGAGAUGUACAUUGCAUAGUCGUUCGUAGCUCCUACAAAAAAAAACUUCUAUAUAUAAAUAUACUAGAUAUUUCUUAGAUAGACCCGAAGACUGACCCAGUGUUUGUACCAACCGACCAAAGAAACACGCCCGCUUCUUACGAGAAGAGAAAAGAAAGGUACAAAUAUCACCGUUGCUCCACGUUUAUUUAAACAUCGUGCACACCUCCAAAAUCCAAUACUUGGUAAAUACGAUCAUAGAGUAUUCUGGCGAUCCCAGUUACAUUUUAAUCAUCGAAAUAUUUUAUUAUCGAACAUUUAGUAUCCUUAACAGUUCCUCAAGGCCGUCAUGUUAGCGCCACGAGGCAUAUGUAUAAUAUACGUGUACACAUUACGAAUUGCGAAACACUAUUAUUUAUAAUCGAUGUAAAUUAAUAAAUCGAAGGUACGAUUGGUAGUUGAGCGAUAAUCGCCGAGCGUUGUACGAUACGAUACUAUUGUAAGUGUUGUAAAUAUUGUAAAACUAAUGGCGCGCGCGCUGCAUACCUAUUGCGAGAAAAAUAUAAUCGAUAUUUUCCUCUGA